CUGUGCGCCACGGCAGCCCAAGAGCAGUGCAGGCAGAUGUAAGGAGACGGGAACGUUUAUCCUGCUACCAGCAGAGCAUUCUUAUCAGCGCUUGCGGUCUAUUGCUGAUUUUUUUCAGAGUUCUUCUAACUAAGUGCAUCCCAGAUAACAUCCACAUUAGUGCUUCUAAUUUUCUUUUAGAGGAGCGAGAAUUUAUCUCACAAACAAAACAGUCUAGGGAUUGAAGACUGGGCUGUGUUAACCCAAUUUCCCUGAGACGCACAGAAACCACGCUCCUGUAGGUCCACCUGGAUAAGCUGAGGAAGCCGUCCGAUCCCGGUUAGAGGUCCAGGAGGGAGACGGAGUGGAGAAAUAAGCUCGAAAGACAGGAGCAACAAAGAAGCAGACAGGAUGAACCUCAAGAGUCAUUUGAUUUUCACUCUCUACACUAUUUAUGGGAUUCUGCUUAAAGUGAUGGCUUCAAAAGGCAAAGUUCGAGGCGUCAGUGGUCAGUAUCCUCUGGUUCAAAAUGUCACCGUGACGGAGGGUGGAACGGCAAACCUGACCUGCCGUGUGGAGUAUAAUGACAACACCUCCCUCCAGUGGUCGAACCCAGCACAGCAGACCCUCUUUUUUGGGGACAAGAAAGCUUUAAGGGACAACCGGAUUGAGCUUGUGCGUGCCACAUCAUCAGAGUUGACCAUCAGUAUUAGCGAUGUCUCACUGUCUGAUGAAGGCCUGUACACCUGCUCUCUCUUCACCAUGCCGGUCAGAACAGCCAAAGCUUACCUCACUGUCUUGGGUGUGCCAGAAAAGCCGGAGAUCAACGGCCUGACAAAGCCAGCCAUGGAGGGGGACCACAUCACUCUGACCUGCAUCACUCAGGGCAGUAAGCCCGCCGCCGACCUCCGCUGGUUCAGGAACGAGAAGGAAGUCAAAGGUGCCAAAGAGGUGAAUGCAAGAGGAAAGACAUUUACAGUUCAGAGUUCUCUGCAGCUACAUGUUGACAGAAAUGAUGAUGGAGUGGCCUACACCUGCAAAGUGGACCAUGUAGCACUUGCACAGGCACCACAGGAGGCCACCAAAGUGCUGGAGGUCCACUAUGCUCCCCGUGUGGAAAUCAUCAAAUCUCUUGCAGUCCCUCAGGAGGGCCAAUACUUAAAGCUGGAGUGUGUCUCCAGAGGAAACCCAUCACCAGAUCCUGUGAUGUGGACGAAGGAUGGCGGUGAACUUCCCGACCUUGACAGGAUAAUUGUCGAAGGGAGGGAGCUCACCUUUACUUCACUCAACAAGACAGACAAUGGCACCUACCGCUGUGAAGCCAGCAACCACCUGGGGACCAGCAGCACUGAAUAUGUACUCUACGUGUAUGACGCCCCCACCACCCUGCCUCCAUCCACCACACCCCCCCUACAUCCCAUCCCUCCAGAUCCUACUGUUCAGUUAAGCACCCACGCCUCAGACCUCACAGUCACUGGCAGCAGAGAUCCCAAUGCGCUGGGGCAGCAUGGCACCGACCAUGCCUUGAUUGGAGGAGUGGUGGCUGUAGUGGUCUUUGUCACUUUGUGUUUAAUCAUUGUUCUGGGAAGAUACCUGGCCAGGCAUAAAGGAACAUACUUGACGAACGAAGCCAAAGGAGCGGAUGACGCGCCCGAUGCCGACACAGCCAUCAUCAACGCUGAAGGGCACCACGCACAUGCAGAAGAAAAGAAGGAAUACUUCAUUUAGACUGCAAAGGGAGCUGUGUAGCUCUCUCCAUUUUCUUUCAGUCCCUCUAUUUCUUAUAGUCUUUCUCUCUCUGUCACCCACUUUUGUCUUCAGCUGUGGCCAUUGCCCCUUUGAGUCAACACGGAGUCCACAGGCAGAGAUGUUUCCCAAGCUUUUUUAAUAUCAUUAUUAUUUCCUUUGGUUCAGCAUUUCUCUGUAUUACAUUUUUACCCUUAAAUCUUUUUUUUUCUUUUUGGCAGGUUUAAAAUGUUUCCACAUGCAACUUGAUGCUGCUAGUGAAGCCCUACCCCUUCUCACGUUUUUGCUCGCCUAGUGACACCAACACCUAGAAAUCUUUAUCUCUGCCAUGGCUGCUUCUUACAUGACAUCUUGUUCACCCUUUCUCCUGGUCCCUCACCAAGCAGACACGCUGCCACACGUUGUAUCUCAUGCCCCCCCACAUAUCUCACGUCAACACGGUGCCUAAAAAUACAGACGCCAUCAAACUUCUGUCAAUGCCUUCAUGUGUCGCCUGUCAGUAGCAAUGUAAAUGCUCUGUAGCUCAUUUUAUUGCUUAGCUCGCAGCUUUUAAUUAUAGAUCGCGUCAUUUUUUUAUUUGAGUGAUCUGUGCUGUUUACGCCUUAUAUGUGUCUAUCACACUGAAUAUGGUACUUUUAGAUGAUCCACUGCCCCCCAUUCCCUCUAAGUAAACUUGUAAUUAAGCAGUGGAUCCUUUGUAAGAUAAGACGAAGGUUUUGUGUAACACUGUAGCAAGGUUCGUCAGAUAAGUGUAUAAUAUGAUUUUCACUAUUAGGGUAGGAGUGAUAAGGGGUAGUGCUGUGUUGUUUAGAGCAAAGAACCCACCAAAAAUAUACGAAAGAGUACAUAGAUGAAGCUAUUUGCUAAAUCUGCUGUCUCUGUGUAAUUUACUCUGCACAUCCUUGUGCCGUGCAGGCAGCAGUUUAGUGAAACAUUUUACACGCUAUCUGGACAGCUUACAGUAGUCUGUGUUUUACAUUAAUGAUUCAGAUGUACAGAAAGAAAUCUCCAAGUCUUAAAAUCUGUAAAAAAUGUAUUGAAAUUCUUUUGAGCUUUCACAUUUUAAUAAUUCACUUUAUGUUCAUGUCCCAACAAAGUCAUUUUACAGCUUAAGGACCUCAUGAAAUAUACAGUGAACAAUUUAAGGUUUCUGUCAAAAACAGAACAGUGACAGUAUGUUUACAGUGUCCAAUGUUAAACUUCUUAGACAUCUUUUAGUACUUUUGAUGGAUGCCUCAUUAGCUCGAGGUGCAGGCAGCUUUAAGACGUUACAGUAACAGUGAUUUGUAAGUCAUUUACUGUCACUUCAUAUAUAUAUAUGAAUAUACAAGUAUAUUAUAUACUGUCCAUUAGCCUGCAUUCAGUUAAAAUUUUGCACUGGCUGUCAAUCAGUCGUUGUUUCCACCACUUCCAUUAUGGCUUGGGCUUCAACUCAAAUAUUCACAAAAGCAUCAGCAUAGUGGUUUUGCUGUAGAUCCAACGCUUUGUCUUUUGAACAGAAAGAUGUCUAUUAGCCUGCGUGUUCAUCCAAAUGGAUUCGAAGAUUUUACAAUGAAGUCAAUCAAAAACAAAAACACAGCAGUUUUUCUCUUGCUGGGGUAAAAUAUUACAUAUUGUAAUCUAGGGGAUAAAGAGUUGCAGGAAAAAGCAGUGAUGCACAUCUUUAAGCACACGCAUUUAUUGCAUCCUCACUCUGUCAGCGAGGUCAGCUGGCAGCCUCUCCAGCAGUUGGCAUUGCAGCCAUACCUCUGUAACAAGCUUUUUUUUUUAUUUUGCACACAUGCUAGAAGGUUAUCCUUAUUGAGACAGAAAAACAAAAAAGAACAACCCUGGAUCAAAGCGCAUGGAGCCUAAAAGGGACCUGCUUUUCCUAAAACAAAAGAUACUGCUUCAGAAGUGCGCCCAGCUAUUAACAAUAGGGUGAAAUUCAGUCAACACUUUAUACUGUAGAUAACUGAUUUGGACCGCCACUUUACAAUUUAUGUUUCACAAGGUUUUGAAGAGCAAAUUUAAAUUGUUGUUUCCAACUAGAAAGCCAUUUCCUUUUAGUCAGUCACAGUUCCAUUUCAUGAGGUCUUGAAGUAAAAAAGUAUAUAUAUCAGAGAGAAUACUGAGGGUCAUAGAUCUGCAUGGGCCCCAUUUCCAAAAUCUUAAAACUUGAAACAAACGGUGAAGCACAAAAUUUGACAGGAUGAGUUACUGUGUUCCUUUGCCAACAACUAAAUUGCCUUGGGAAUGGUUCUUUUAAUCUAAUAGGCAGUGGAAAGAUUAAAAAGGUGCAGUACAUCUUUUUGAAAAUGUAAGUCAAUUAACUUUUUUUUAUAUUAAAAAAGUCUAAUAUUGUUGGUUUAAAUUGUAUCCCACUGCCUGUUAUAUAUUGUGUCUGCUAAAAUGUGGUUGACUGUAAAAAAAAAAAAAAGCUGUUAAAUUCUGGACUCCUGUAUUCCUUCAAAUUUGUUUAUUUGCUGCCUUACCCUAUUUACCCUAUUUACUUUCAUUUAUAGGAAGACUUUACAAAAUGUGUUUUGUUUUCUGUAAGCAUGUACAUAAUGUGUAAAAACAACACUUUAGUACUACACAUUAGCAUGAUUUUUGUUACUUGUUUUUCUUUUUUUUACAUUUACUUUGUUCAAGCUGAAGUUACUGAUCAGGUCUGAAGGAUGAAAAUAUAACAAAAACUAUCAGGUUUAAUGCUAAUUUAAAUACAUUUUGGCACAAAUUGAUGUAAAACAGACUAUUUAUCCAUAGAAAGUUAAAGCAAACAUAUAAUUGCAAAUGUGUAAAAUUUUAUGUCCAAUGUCCAAAAUGAAAACUUUAACAAAAUUAAAGAAGAGUCAUGAACAUCAAUAAAUAUACACUAAUACAGCAAGAAUGUUACCUUCAUGUUAGUGGCAAACAAUGAAACUCACCAGCCACUUUAUUAGGUAUACCUGUUCAUUUAGUUGUUUACACUAAUGGUGCAUAUGCCAAUCACAUGGUAGAACUUCAAAAUGUUUAGGCAUCUUAACAUUGUGAAAACGGCUUUCUGAAAUUCAAGACAAGAAUGGAAAUGUGAAAGAAAUUAGAUUGAAGUGACUUUGAAUGUGGCAUCGUUGAGGUUGCCAGAUGAGCUGGGCUAAGUAUUUCAGAAGUUGUUGAUCUAUUGGGGUUUUCAUAUUCAACUCAGAAACAAGAUGUUCACAGAGCAUCAUUACUAUAAACAAAUUAUCUUGUUGAUGUCAGAGGAAUGGACAGACUAGUUUGAGAUGAUAGAGAGGCAACAGUAGAUAUAAUAUCCACCCAUUACAAAAAAAGGUAUGCAGGAUAUUGUCUCUAAACACACAAGUUGAACUUCAAACUUUUAGCAGAUGAGCUACAGCAGCGAAAUAACACACCGAAUGCCACUACUUCCAGCUAAGCAAUCAAAAUUGAGGCUAUAAAUCACAAAUUCACCAAAAUUAGAAAACAGCCCAAAUUCCCUGAUCCAAUGAAUUUCAAUUUCAGUUGCAAUAUCGAGAUGGUAGGGUCAACAUUUCAUGUAAACAACAUUAAAUCGUGGAUCCUGUCUAUCCUGCCUUGCAUUGACACUUCAGGCUUGUUGGUGUAAUUGUUUGUGGAAUGUUUCCAUGAUACACUUUGGAUGCCUUCAAAACUGUGCAUUGUUUGAAUGCCAGAGCCUAUUUGAGUAUUGUUGCUCAGUGUGUCGACCCCUUUGUGCUACAGUGUGCCCAUCCUCUGAUGCCUACUUCCAGCAUGAUAAUGCACCAUACCACAAAGCCCAGAUCAUCUCCAACUGGUUUCUUUAAGAUGACAGUGAGUUCACUGUAUUCCAAUGAUCUCCAAAGUCAAUUCAUAAUAGCAUCUUUUGGAUGUGGUGGAACAGGGGAUUUGCAUUAUGGAUGUGCAGCCAAAAAAUCUGCUGCAACUGUGUUAUGAUAUUAGGUCAAUGUGGACCAAUAUCUUCGAACACCAUGUUCAGUCUAUGCCACAAAGAAUGAAUGCUGUUCUGAAGGCAAAAGGGGAUUCUACCCUGUAUUGGCAUUGUGUACCUAAUAAAGUGGUUGGUGGGUAUAUAUAUCAGUGGUGAAACAGUAAAUGUCUGUUUCUUUUCAUAUUUGUAUGUUUAAAGUAAUUUGAGCAAUUUAGUAUCCUGUAAAAGUGCGAUAAAAACCAACAGCGCUAAUCUGCGUGAACGAAUCAUAUGAUUACCAAGGGCAAUAAAAAAGUGGGCCCAGCUGUCUCCUGUUUGGUGACCAGUUUACAACAUUAUGCAAAUAAAGUUGGAUGGCAAAGGUCUUGUUCUGUGUGGCAAAUCUGAACAUCAUAACAGGAGUAAAUCACCCUUAGGUCAAUAUCAGCAUAAUUUUUGCUUGGCACAGUGUUUGUAGGAUUACAUAAUUUUUUUGUUGUUAUUUAAAACAAUGUUUUACACUUAGGAUCACUUCAACUUUCAUCAUACUAUUAACAAAUUUAACUUUGUUUUUAAAAGGUCUUGUCUUUUUCUAUCACUGGUGUGCAUAGGCAAUUGUUACAAUAUAAUACAACUUUUCAGUCUUAAAUGAUGGAUGGUAUGACUCACAUUUUCUGUUGCAUUUCAUCUGUGUUUUCAUCUUAGAAAUGAGAAAAGUUAGGACGAGAAGUUUAACGAAAGGUCUGCAGUGAUGAGUUGGUGUUGGCAUUACAAAUGAAAAGGUGCCACUUAAUGAAUUAUACACUCUGACCAUUACAAUAAGAAGGAUAUUUCUUAGUAAUUGUUAAAAUGUGUCUUUUUUUCUCUUUUGAAAAAAACUGUAAAUACUUGGUUUGAAAGUACUGAGUUGAUUUAUUGCAAUGGCUUUUUAUAAUCAUUAGACCAACCUAAAUCUAACCUAAAUUUUGUUUUUAUGUUUUUGAAUUUUUUAACAGCUUAGCUCAUGCCACCAUGCACUAUUUUAAUAUUCACAUAUUAAUAUUCAGAUUUAAAUGUAGUUUCUCCUUUUUUCCUUUCUUUUUUUUUUUUCAUUUUGAGUGUUGGUUGAAAAAACUAAGCUUUAAAAACCCCAUAAUCUCCCAUUUUUGUGCUGGUUUGGUUAGCAGGAUUAUGAGCUUAAAACCUCAUCAUUAAAAGCACUAACAGUGCCAUUCCUAUGCCAUUUUCUUUAAGCGGCAGGCUAUUUUUUUCCAUUUUUUGUUCUGUAAUUUCCUGGCUCAUAAUGACCUCUUUUUCUUCUGCUGAAGGUGUGCCUGGUGCGCAAGAGGUUGUGCAUUUAUGCAGAUUAAGCAGUGCAAUACUGGCUGCAAUUUGGGCAGGGAAUUGCUCGCAAUUUUAUGACCAAUUUUCACGUUGACUGGGACAUCUACACACCAGUGCAAAUGUGCAAAAAACACCUUUUUUCCUUUUUUUUGCUAUGGGUCGGGUUGUUUAUAGCUGAUAUAGAUUUACAGCCAGUUGCAAAUAAAGCCAUUUGAAGUUAUAUAAUUAGAUGAGUAAUCCCAGCAAUAUUUUAUUAAAUUACAAUAUUUUGUCAAAUGUCAAACCUGGAGCAAAAUAAUGUGUAGGUUUGUGAAAUACACCAGAAAAGAACACUUUCAUCUCAAAUAAAUAGGUACUUCAGCUGGUAUAUAUGUAUGUUAUUAUGUAAGGUAAAAUGAUUCAGCUCAAAAACUUGGAUAUUAUAAUUAUUAUUUAUCUGUAGCCUCCUCCUGCCUAACAGCUACUUUUAUACGUUAGAGGAAAACUAAUGAGUUUUUAAGCCUGCUUACGCUGUGUUGUUAUCUCAUUAGUUUUUUAAAGGAAUAGUUUGGAUUUUUUGAAGUGAUUUUGUUUGUUGAUUAUACUAUCAGUAAUAGUACCCUUCCACUGUAGUGGAUAGACGUCAGUUCGCUGGUAAAUAUGUGUUUCGCGCACAACAGCUGGUCAGUCAGUACAUUUUAGCUAAGUUUAGCUAUUUAAAAUGACUCAAACUGAAAACCUCUGUUUUUAUCCAUAAGAUACAAUGCUACUUUAGCAGAUAUUAGGUAACUGCAAAUACAGGAGGUGGUUAACAACUUGUAUCUGUUUAAUCAGCUGAACACCUUUCCUGUUGCUACACUGAAGUUACAUUGGUCUAUAUCAAUCCACCAAGAGUCGGGAUAUCUUUUGUAUUGUGAGACAGGUUUCAAAUUGUAUGUUUCUAUGCUUUUCCAGAUCUUGAAGCUGUUUAGAAAUUAUCCCCGCAAACUCAAGAUCAGCUGAUUUUGUCCUAAGCGUUGUAACGUAACCUGUCGGUUGAGGAAACAGCAACAAACGUAAUGUUUUAUUUGCAAAUGUGCACUCAAUUACCGCUAAUAUAGUGGUGUGUCCAUGACGUGAGCAUAUCCAGCUUGAGUUGAUUUUAGCAGUCCACAACAAGACAGACAUCUGUCCAAACCCGGUAAGGGAACUAACACUGAUAAUAUUUUCACAGAACCUCACUUCAGAAAAUCUGAACUGUCCCUUUAAAAACGGCACUGAUACUGGAGCAAACCCAAUCAUGUUUUCUUUCUUGAAGUCCCCAUCAUUUCAUAUAUUUGACCAGCACAUUCAAUGUUCAUACUAAUGAAGAAUUUCAACAAGGUUGAUAUGAAAAUGAUAUUUGUUCUGGCUUAGAAUCUGGUUGUGUUCUUCUGGUUCUGAUUGUUUUGUUUAUUAUAAUUCAGGAUUGUAACUUGACACCUUUUCCCUGUCCUGUCUGUCUCCUCCUGGCUCUCCACAUGCCUCUGCUGUACAGUUUAGCUUCAGUGCAACUCUUCGUUCCUCUUGAAAUAUCAAUCAGCCCAGUUUCUAUAUCGUCACAUUGAUGACAAUGUGUGACACAAUCGCAUGUAGUGAUGUGCUGUUAUUAUUAUUUUGUCUGGUAGUUUUUUUUUUGUUUUUUUUUACAUCUCAGGAAUAUAUUUUUCAUUUGGGAUUUCUUUUCUUUUUCUUUUUGGGAGUUUCUUGUUAUAAAAUGGGGACUUGUGAGCACUUAUCACUCUACUAGUCCCUGUAUGCUGACACCAUGUAUUUGUUCAGUUUCAGAUUAAGACGAUGUUAAUAAAAAUUAUUCAGUGAUUCUUCAGUAAAUCUGUCACAUUGCUGUCAUUGAAAACAUUUUUAAGUUGUUAGCCUUUUUUGCUUUUUAAAAACUGAAAUUUAAAAUAUGAUGCAAAUAUUCAGAAAGUCCAAGAACGAUAUUACUUUUUUUCAAGAAUUUAGUUUAAUUUAGGUAUGAAAGUAGUUUAAUGCCUCAUUAGCCCAUCGUGUAUUUAUGUGGGGCUACAAAACAUGUACAUACAUUAUAUAUCAAUCUUUAUUCAAGGCAACACCACUGACUGAGCACAAGGGAUUCACAUCCAAGGUUCGGCAAAGACAUUGAUUAGAGCAAAACAUUUGUUACUUUCACUUUUUAAUGUGCUUCAUUUUCAGCUUUGGAGACAGCUUCAUUUGUUAUUUAGCCCCAGUAAUGGAGACGUUCCCUUCCAUUGAGGGAUUUAAUAUUCAGUUUAGAGGUUUGUUUGUAUGAAAUGGAAAAUGUUGAAUAAAUAGUUGCUAAAACAUC